AACCGCCUGUCUGAAGCAAAUAAGCCCCUCCGUUAACGAGCCCCUCAACGUCGUUUGUUUAAUGGCUUGCAUGGCAUUUAAUUUACACGUUGCAUCCAACAAAUAGUUUAUAGUGGGAUGAAGUGGGCAAAAAAAACAAUUAUAAAAGUUAAAAUUACACAUUUGCCCUUAUAACUUCAUCUUCAAGCUCCCUCCUCCUCUACUCUACUCUACUCUCCUCUCCUCUCUGUUCUUUUCAUUUUCCUUCUCUUCUGCCUGAACCAAAUCUCUCCACCUUUUCUCCAUCGAUCCAAAAGUCUUUUUCCUCUUGCUCUCCUCCAUCAAAACUAGAUCUUAGUUUUUUCUCUUCUUUACCUAAACUAGAUCUGGGUUCCUCACCAUCACACGAAGAUUGAGCGAGGAAUGACUUUUGUCCCUUUCACUUUGUUCCUCAUCAAAUCUUCUUUCCCACGAUGAUUGAGCGAGCAAUGGGUUCUUUAGAAGAUCAAAUUUUUGUCAAUUUCUCGAAGGUUGAGAUUCUGGCAUUUACUUUUUGUUGUUUUGCAUGUUUCCUGUUCGGUGGUUUUCAUUUGAUCUAUUACUUUGAUUUGGGUUUCUCGCUUUUUUUCAUUUAUUCUUUCUUGACUUCGCCAUUGUUAGCCUGGUGUUUGAAUGGAUCUGGGGUUCUGCAAGUUGUUGAACUUGGAUUUCAAGGAGAAAGUUUGUGGAGGAGAGACAAAAUUGCAUCUGUAUAUGUUCAAGAUAAUGACAACAAAUUUGAAUCUGAUUUCUUUUAUUUUCUCUUACCUUGAUCUAGGUUUCCUUUUUUUUUUUUUCUUCAUUUGUUCUUGUGUCGCCAUUGUUGGUUUGGGAACUAGAUCUAGAUCUAGGGUUUCUGAUUUAGUAGCCCAAUUGUGACAUCAGUGGAGGGGAGAGGCGAUAUUGAUUCUUUGAGAACAAAUUUGAAUUGAAAUUGUAAAGGAAUGAGGAGAACAAAUUUGCAGGGAAGAUUUAAUUUUGUAGAGGAUGGAAAGAAUAACAAUUUGGGUUGAAAACUGGAAAAAAAAAGUUGAGAACUUUUA